AUGGCUAUUGUCCCCAAAUUGUUAAACUUCUACAACGAUACCUCUAAUGGCGUCUACGGCCUCUUCCUCUGCCGAGGUGAUGCUAGCAUUGGUACCUGCCAACGCUGUGUCAUCUACGCGGUUGAAUAUAUCAAACUUCUGUGUCCAUCUUCUAAAACUGUCAUCAUCUGGUUCGAUGAUUGCAUGUUAAGCGGAUAUAUGGCUCCAGAAUAUGCUAUGCAUGGACAAUUCUCUGUAAAGUCUGAUAUAUUUAGUUUUGGUGUUUUAGUGUUGGAAAUAUUGAGUGGACAGAAGAACAAUUGCUUCCGAAAUGGAGAGAAUGUAGAGGAUCUUCUAAGCUAUGCAUGGAAAAACUGGAGAGAGGGGACUGCUUCAAAUAUUGUGGAUCCAACAAUAAGUUCAGGCUCGACAACUGAAAUUAUGAGAUGCAUCCACAUUGCGUUACUAUGUGUUCAAGAAAAUGUAGCUAAUAGACCAACCAUGGCUUCAGUGGUUCUCAUGCUUAAUAGCUACUCCAUCACUCUUGUAGUACCCUCGGAACCUGCAUUUUUUAUGCAUAGUAACAUUGACUUGGAAACAACAUCUCAAUGGGAGCAAAGCAUACAGGUUUUGGAGUCAGAUGAAAGAUCUAAAAGCAACUCUGUCCAAGCCUCAGUAAAUGAGGCUUCAAUUACUGAGCUCUACCCGCGCUAG